GCUGUACCAACAGGUGACACCAAUACGAGUGUGACGGGUCCUCAAGAGUAGAGGGGUCAUUUGGUUACAUUAACCUCUUACGGUGGCUGGGACAAGGGGCGGCUAACUUGAAUGAGGGCAUUGAAGGCCAGUAGGUAGUUGUAGUGCAGGAUUCAACCAUGGACUAACAGGAUCUAUGUUAACGUGUUUGUAUCUUGGCCAUUCACGCACAUUUCAGUCAGUAGGUACGUUCUUAUAAACUUAUAAACUGAAAGUUUUAGUUCCAGCUUCGCUCAUGACUGUGUCAAGUCCACGCAACACUCACUACAGUCUUUCUGAAUUGUACAGCUAGCAUUGACCAUUAUCUGGACAAGAUGACCAGUCCGCUGAUCGUCUCCGCCGUGAUAGUCAUGGUCACUUUGGCCUGCAGCUGCAGCCUGGCCCAGCUGACCGUCGCCCCUUUCGCCAUCGCCGUGGAGCCAGCGUGGACGGCCAAGUUCGACUGCACGCCGGACGACGCACGUCUGGUCAGCCAAGUCACCUGGCAAUUCAACCAGACGGUCCUGGUGGGCAGCUCUAGAGUAGUGGUGGGCAACGGCUCACUAGUCAUCACCAACGCCACCUACUCGGAUGCAGGCCAGUACACGUGUAUCCUGGGCAACGACACCUCGGACGCUACCUUGAUCGUGUACGACAUGCCGGACUACGUGACCGAGGGUCUGGUGAUCGGCUUCAUCUGCCUGGGGCUCUUCGUCCUACUGAUUGUUGGCGUCACCAUCGACUUCGUGAAGCAAGAGCGAGAGCGCAAGAAGCGACACAAGGCGCGCAGAGAAAAGGCUGAGCGCAGAACAGACACCGCCACUAAGUAUUAAACAAACAGGGACAGACGCUAAACCAUGAACACAACUAGUUUUAUUAAAGAGGGAAAAAAUGAAGACGAGACCUAUGUUACGGGGCAAUUUGUUAGUUUUUUUUUGUUUGUUUUGGACUAUACUGAAGGCAGGUUAAAUUACGACUCAGGGAGUAAGAUCGUUCACUAGGAAUCUAAUUCAACUUGAAAAUCAAGUCAAGGCCUAUCCAAUGAUUUCACUUGGUUGAACGCUUCUGUGUUAACACAUUAUGUUAAUGUAAACCAGCACGAUGAAGGCCCUGCAGCAGUCAAUGACUAUUAGAAGGUACCACUGACGUUAAAAAUGCCUGUAGUUUUGUUCACGUGCUGUCGGAAGUGGCAAAAACAGAGACAGUAAAAUGUGUACCCACAGGUGGUGAGACCUAGUUGACCAGCAGUUACAAAAACAUAGCUUUUGUUAAGGAACAUUGAUUCGGUGUCCAUAUGUAUUUACUUCUUUCAAACUUCAGAUGGCCUUUGUUCAGUCCCCCCCAUGGCAUGUAUGUGUGACAACUCAGUCAUUGUAAACUUGAAUCGGUUUCCUUCACGAUAGAGAAUAACAGAAGACUCGCAUUCAAACGAACAAAUCUGGGAUUUCAUAAGGCAGGCCAAGACAGAGGCUAUACAUCUAGCUAAUUUGCUGUUAAAAACAAAACAUUUUUUUAUUUAUUUAUUUUUGAAGACUAUCUACUAUAUAAAUCAAAAUGUAAGGCGUGUGUAUGACUAUGCAUGUGUGUCCCGAAUAAAAAUCAAAACCGCUUGACCAAUCUUGAUCACAUUUGACAUGAACGUUUUACAACGAAGACCGCGGUGAAUAUUAAAAGUCCCACAACUAGAGGACCAUACAAAUAUUUUUAACGAAUACCUGAAUUAAUCUCUAUUGUAGGAAGAAACUUUUAUAACUAAUCGGGGUCCGCGGGUCAUAUCCGGCCAGUACAGAAAGAAAAAAAACAACGAUGGAUCAUUUCAAAACGUCAAAAGAUAUGUGAUAUGUGAACAUGUGUUUGUAGAAUGCCAACACAAGUUAUUUAUUGACCUACGGAAACAUAGCCAUCACUGACCAUAGGCCAUCAGCAAUUGUUUCACUCAUUAUUGACUAUUUCUUUCCAAGGCAGUCAGACAACUCUGAUAUACUAAAUAAAACUGUUUCCAAAUUGAA